AUGCGCGGUGGUGCGAGGUGUAGUGCCUCUCUCCGCCAACUACGGCUUUCCCGGUCGUUGGCGGAUGGCGGCCGGUAUGCGAGGGCCCUUCGGACGAGCGCGGCGCCACAGGCGUUGAGGUCGCUGCCAUAUUGCCGCACGCAACGGCCGGAACUUGCGAUCCAGGGCGCCAGCUUGUCGACGUCGUGCCCCAAUCGAUCUCGGUCAAUGGCUACAGUUGUCGACGCGGACCCCAUUGUCCACGACGGAGGUCCAAUUCCAGAGUACGAUAGGCGGGUGGAAAUGGGAAAGUUGCGAAACGACGAGCAUCAAAGAGGCGAGGACUCUGACGGGACAACUGCCAGGCAUUGGCUGACCGACAAGGGCCCAAGCAAGCCCGCCAUUGGAGAUAUCCCCAACAACCUUCCUCGAGGCCUGUAUCUGUACGGCGAUGUCGGAUGCGGCAAGACCAUGUUGAUGGACCUGUUUUAUGAGACCCUGCCCGCAUCCGUGAAAUCGAAAACCCGCAUCCACUUUAACAACUUCAUGCAAGAUGUUCACAAGAGGUUGCACCGCAUCAAGAUGGAGCAUGGAAACGACAUCGACGCUGUGCCAUAUAUCACGGCCGAAAUUGCUCAGCAGGGCAACGUGCUUUGCUUUGACGAGUUUCAACUACUGGAAUCCCUCAUGUCUCAUGGCGUAGUGUUAGUGACAACAUCCAACAGACACCCCGACGAGCUGUACAAGAACGGUGUCCAGCGAGAGUCCUUCAUCCCCGCUAUCGAUCUCCUCAAGAACCGCCUACAUGUCAUCAAUCUCGAUUCACCAACCGAUUACCGUAAAAUCCCCCGACCGCCUUCCGAUGUGUAUCAUACGUCUCUCGACAGCCACGCCCAUGCUCACGCAGAGAAGUGGUUCCGAUUCCUCGGCGAUCCUGAGCAGCCUGAGCCUCGACCAGAAAUCCAGAAGGUCUGGGGCCGAGAGAUCUAUGUCCCCCGAGUCAGUGGGCGAGCAGCCUGGUUCACCUUUGACGAGCUCAUCCGACAACCAAAGUCGGCAGCUGACUACCUCGAAUUGGUCCGUUCUUACGAGGCUUUUAUCGUCACUGACAUUCCCGGAAUGACUCAUCAGCAACGUGAUCUUGCCCGUCGAUUCAUCACAUUUAUCGAUGUCGUAUACGAGGGUAAUGCCAAGCUGGUCCUAACCACCGAGAAGCCCCUCACUGAGCUCUUUGUUUCCCGGGACGAAAUCGCCGAGAGCCUUAUGAAGCAGGGCUUGAAACACGACCAGGCUGCAGAGGCCGCCAAGAACGACUUGGAACACAACGUGGACAACCUCAAGGACUCGAAUCUCUUUGCUGGAUCAGAAGAAGCCUUUGCCUUUGCCAGAGCGUUGAGUCGACUGCGGCACAUGGAGAGCAAAGAGUGGGUAGAAAGGGGCAUGGGCCUCGAGAGCCAGGGCGGCAAGCAGGAGCAAGAGAACUGGAACAAGACGAGGAGUCGACAGAUGGAGGAUUCGAUGUAA